AUGUGGGAUGCCCUGGGCGGGCUUGGUGCCGGCGGCGCUGCUGAGCCAUAUGCUGUCAGCGCAGCCAAUGCUCUUGGCGCCAUCAACAAUCGCAUCGGUCUUCCGUACGGGCUUGCUUUGGGUGCUAUAGGCUACCCGCUCUACGGUGCCGGCUUGUAUACGAAUAACGUCAGUGCCAACACCUGGUUUAUGUUAUUCGGCAGCGCCCUUUGUGGCAUAUCUGCCGGAUUCUUUUGGGCAGCCGAGGCCGCCAUCAUCAUUGGCUAUCCAUCUCCUGGAGAUCGAGCAUUUUAUCUCGCUGUCUGGCAAACGGCCAAGGCUGCAGGUCCCAUUGUGGGUGGUGCCAUUAACCUGGGCCUCAAUGCAAACCGGAAGACCACGGGAUCCGUCUCGUCAUCGACUUAUAUCGUUUUUAUUGUUAUUAUGUGCCUUGGCCUUCCCAUCGCGCUGUGUCUAUCCCCUGCUAAUAAGGUCUGGCGCAAAGACGGAACCGUCAUCAGCACACCGAGGGCUCCAACAUGGGGGGCGGAGUUCAAAGCCGUUGGGAAGUUAUUUGUCAGCCGUAGAAUUUUGCUACUUCUGCCGGCAUUCUUCAUAAGUUACUUCUACAACGGAUUCAUGAGCACGUGGCUCGCGACAUAUUUCACCGUGCGCUCGAGAGCGUUUUCAAGUUUCUUUACCAACUUUGCGGGCAUCUUUAGCUCCUUUAUGAUUGCCACGCUGCUGGACAAUCAAAAGAUCCAUAUCAAGAGCCGUGGCCGCAUUGCCUUUACUUCCAUUAUCUUCAUACUUGUGGGUACAUGGAUUUGGGCCACUGUGCUACAGAAAGAGAUCUACAACGCGAGUGAGCCGCCUGCUUAUGACUGGUUUCAGGGAGGAUUUGGAAAGAGCUAUGCUCUCGUUUUCUUCUGGCAGUUCGGUGGACAGGCCUUCCAACAAUUUCUAUACUGGCUCGUCGGGCAGUACGCGACAGACCUUUCGGACUUGAGUCGCCACACUGGUAUUCUGAGAGGCACUGAGGCUUUGGGUCAAACUAUUGCCUGGGCUAUGCAAUCCGAGGGCAACGCCAACCACUUUGUUAGUAUCUGCCUCAACUUUGGUAUCACCGUUCUCUGCGUCUUUCCCACUUGGUUGGUGUUGUCUGCACUCGAAGGAAGUCACGAGGAGAACAUAACCAGCGCCGAACGUGAUUUAGGCGAUGCUGGAGAGGAGGAGAUUGGGUCAAAGGCAGCGGCCAAGUGA